UCCCUUUAGUUUAUAGCAACAGCCAAUCAAAUUGAGUUAGUAAGGUAUACCACUUAAAUAUCAAUUAACGCAUGUUUUUUAUCAUUUACUACCAUGAAAAUGAUGAUGGAUGCUAAACAUCUCUAUGAUGGCAGGUGGAAAUGACGGAACAGGACGGGAAGGGGAAGCCUACGCCGCGCGGCUCCAGCUCCUUAUGAAGGAGUGCCUGCCACCCAUCCUGGUCGAGAUUGUGGAGUUGCGGCCUAGAGACCCCAUACAUCACCUCGCUCACUGCCUAUAUAGAUUUGGAGAAAAGCAUGCAAAGGAUCAAUUAAAUGGUGUAGAGCGGAACAAUCAUGGCAAUAAAAGUAAAUAUGCGUCACAUCGGAGUAAUGAUACCGCGCCCUCCCGAGUACAGAUUGUUGAAGACUGUGAACGGACAUCUGUCCCACAAGAGCUGCACCUAGGACCGUCCAAAGCCUACCUUCACGGGGAGUGCAUUGUGAUACUACGUGAUUCAGAGGAUUUGUUCGAUGACGAUGAUUUAUCAUGAUGUAAAUAGUUUAUGAAUACUGCCAGAUAUGUACCAUCAUUACAUGUAAUAACUGCCCGAGUGUACUUACACCGAGAGUGUGUCUUGUGUCUGUGUUGGGAAUCGCUUGUGCACCUACAGAACAUACGUUUAAAGCCAGUUAAACUGUAGAAAUUGGAACCUUAACGUGUGAUAGCCUCAAUUAUAUAUUUAUGUUACAUUUAUAAAAUGUACAAUGUUGUAAUGUUCAUUAUACAUUAAACGAAUUACAGUAUA